AUGUCGCAAACACCACCACCAAAAGACGGAAAGGCUCCAGACGCGAUGGACGUCGACGAAGCUCUCGAUGAGGAUAUUUUGAGGAUGUCGACAGAGGACUUGAAGAGUCGCAUUCACUUGUUGGACAAUGAGAUUCGCAUCAUGAGAAGUGAAGUGCAACGAAUCAAUCAUUCAGCGACAACUCUCAAGGAGCGUAUAAAGGAGAACACAGAGCGUAUCAAGGUUAACAAGACACUCCCAUACUUGGUUUCCAACGUUGUGGAGCUCUUGGAUCUCGAAGAUAAUCUCGAAGAGGAAGGAGCUAAUGUUGAUUUGGAUGCACAGAAGACAAAGUGCGCUGUCAUCAAGACCUCCACUCGGGCUACAUAUUUCCUUCCAGUCGUCGGAUUGGUUGAUCCAGAUGAGCUCAAGCCAGGAGAUCUCGUCGGAGUCAACAAGGACUCAUAUUUGAUACUCGAGAAACUGCCAGCCGAGUAUGAUUCCCGUGUGAAGGCUAUGGAGGUCGACGAGCGACCGACUGAACAGUACUCGGACAUCGGAGGUUGCGACAAGCAAAUUCAGGAGCUCAUUGAAGCUGUUGUGUUGCCAAUGACUCACAAGGAUCGUUUCGUGAAUCUCGGUAUUCAUCCACCAAAGGGAGUUCUCAUGUAUGGUCCACCAGGAACCGGAAAGACCAUGAUGGCUCGUGCUGUUGCUGCACAGACCAAGUCAACAUUCUUGAAAUUGGCUGGUCCACAACUCGUCCAGAUGUUCAUCGGAGAUGGUGCCAAGCUUGUCCGUGACGCAUUCGCACUUGCCAAAGAGAAGGCACCAGCUAUCAUUUUUAUUGACGAGUUGGAUGCUAUCGGUACUAAGCGUUUCGAUUCGGAGAAGGCUGGAGAUCGUGAGGUGCAACGUACUAUGCUAGAGCUUCUCAAUCAGUUGGACGGAUUCCAGCCAAAUGAUGAGAUCAAGGUUAUUGCCGCCACAAAUCGUAUCGAUGUCCUCGACCCUGCCCUUCUCCGAUCCGGUCGUCUUGACCGAAAAAUUGAACUUCCUCACCCGAACGAAGAUGCUCGUGCGAGAAUCAUGCAAAUUCACUCCAGAAAAAUGAACGUCAACAAAGAUGUGAACUUUGAAGAGUUGGCUCGUUGUACCGACGACUUCAAUGGUGCUCAAUGCAAAGCGGUUUGUGUGGAAGCUGGAAUGAUUGCUCUCCGUCGUGAUGCUACCGAGAUUCUUCAUGAAGAUUUUAUGGAUGCUAUUCUCGAAGUUCAGGCCAAAAAGAAGGCUUCUCUCAACUACUACGCCUAA